AUGGCUCCCUGGGGUUCGUGGGACCCAGAGCCCCCUUCUGAGGUGAACACCGUCGUGACUGGUAGGGAUUUCACCGUUGUCGACCUCCCAACCGAUAAGAUCAAUGAGCGCAAGUACGGUACCGCAUCGCCUGAGCCCACCGAACACCAUGUCCCCAAGGACUUGUGGGCCAGCCCGUACGCUCCAGAGCGCCGUCCCUUCCAGCACCAGGGAUCCCCUCGCGAAGUGCCCUGUCUUCAGUGCGUGAACCGCAUGAUGGUACGCGGGUUCCACGGCCUCUGCCGCGAUCACCUGGCUAAUGCAAGCGGCAAAUGCUAUUGCUGUGUUCUCCAUGGAGUGGAAUGUGAAGAGGUUCCCGAGACUGCCUUCAAAUCAGCCUAUGAACUCCAGGUUUGUGCGCGCAAGAUGGAUGAGGGCCACGAGGACACGGACUGGGAGUAUCUCUCCAACAAAGCCGAGCUCGCCCUUAUGAAAGAAGGACUUCUCUGGUUUGCCCGUGAGGAUACGAACGACUACUGGCACGGAAACAACCAUGUCAAGGAGGUCGUCAAUGGCAAAGUCAACCAGGUCAACAUUAGUAAGACCUACUGGAAUGACGGCAGCAACACCAACCGGGACGUCAACGCCAACGCCAACCAGGUCGACAAGAACUACUACUGCUGGGACUUCACUGGCAAUUCCGACUGGUCCGGCAACGACAACGCCAACCGGGCCGGCAAUGACAAUAUCAAUUGGGGCGCCAACGGCAUCCCCCGCUGGGGCAGCGGCGAGAUCGCAACCUGGAAUGACAAACGCAACACCAACUGGGGCGGCGACAGCGACAGCGACAGCGACAAGGGCCGGGCCACCGGGACCGCCUCUGAUGCUGAAGUCGACAACGACUGUGAUGACGAAAGCGAUGACGGUCAGGAUCCAAUCCAGCUCACUCCCGAGUUUUCUUCCGCUGAUAAGAUCAUUUCCGCCAUCGACCGCAACACCGACGUUGUGGCCGAUCUCUGUGAGAUCAUGGAAGGCAUCAAAGGGAGCCUGGAUCUUCUCCACGAAGACAACGUCCAGAGCAAGAAGGUGCUGCAGAAGUUGUUGACUGAGCAGCGAACUCUGAGCGACAAGCAGACGUAA